AUAGCACCUAUUGCAGUGUGCGCAAUUUUACGUAAACUUUUACGAAACGAAAUAUUUUCAUCAAUGUUUUAUUCUUGAAUAUGUUUAAACAUAUAAAGUGUUGAAAAUGUGAUUGGAUUAAUAGUUAUGGAAGAAUAUGGUGUUUUCGGCAAAAUUAUUGUUGUUUUGAAAUAUUCUACAGGAUUUGAGUCUAUAAAUGGAAGUGAAUUUUUUGGUGUAUUUAGUGGUAGCUCAAUUGGUAUUGUUUGUUGACGGACAAGAUGCGGUGACAAAUGUCGAAAAACAUGAGAAUCCUAGUAUCGAUAAAGAUGACGAUGAAAAGCCACUUGAUUUUCUUACAAAUAAUCCGAAAGGUGAAAUAAAGGAUUAUUUCCUUCCACCGAUAUUUGAAAGUAACGAUGAAAUGGAAGAAGAAGACGAAGAAGAUGAAACAGAACAAAGCUAUUUAGAUUAUGAUUAUAAGGAAACAAAUUAUAAAGAUUCACCAGAUUCAGUUACGGCGAAAUAUGAUGAUUCGCAAAUAGACGAUAAAUUACCAUUGCAUACGCCUAAAGAUAAUUUACCCGUGUUUUUGCUUGAACCAGAAAAUACGUAUGUUGUUAAAAACAAACCAGCUAUACUGAAAUGUCGCGCUGCUAAUGCUUUAGAUGUGUACUUUAAUUGUAAUGGGGUAAAAACGCAAGCUUUAAAUUUUGAGUUCGUUGAUCCACAAACUGGUGUCAGAAUUAUUGAAGGAGAGUAUAAAGUUACGAGAGACAAGGUUGAGGAAUACUUUGGGAGUGAUAAAUAUCAAUGUUCGUGUAACGCUUGGACCAGUCGUGGCCAUAUUUGGAGCCAACCAGCUACUAUUGAAUUGGCUUACAUAAAGAAGCACUUCACGAUAGCCCCCCAGUCGCAGCUAGUGAGCUUGAACAGUGGAGUGACGUUCAGGUGUGAGCCUCCGCAGGCGGCGCCGUUCGCACAGGCUUAUUGGCUAAAAAACGGAGCACCUGUGGUUGCUGAUGACAAUGUCCAGAUUACUAAGGAAGGCAGUUUAGUCAUCAAGCAGGCUACAUUGAUGGAUAUGGCGAACUACACCUGCGUCGCGGAAAAUGUUGCCGGGAAAAGAAUGUCGGAGCCCGCUCUCUUAACUGUUUUUGUGAACGGGGGUUGGAGUAGUUGGUCAGCAUGGAGCGACUGUUACUGCGCCGGCCAGCCCAGGGACCAGGGUCGAGGAAGGAGGAGGGUCCGAAGCUGCACUUCCCCCAGACCAUUGAAUGGUGGACAAGCGUGUGUCGGGCCUAGCGUGCAGAAGACGCAGGACUGCUUUGAUUGUGAUUUAGAUGUGUACGUUGAUACUUUGGAUGAAUUAGCAGAUGAAUCAUCGGAUAUAAUAAUUGGUCGCUGGUCUAAAUGGUCAGAUUGGUCGCGCUGCGACUCAGACUGCUUGCAGACGCGACGGCGCCGCUGCGUCACCAGCACCGCCUGCCUGGGCAAGGAUUACCAGGUCGCACAGUGCCCAUUGUGCAUACGGACUUCUAAGUCGGACCUAUUGCAUGACGGAUCGUCAUAUUGGCCGCUUUUUGUAAUUAUAUCAAUUGCGUUUCUUAUUUUCAUCGUAGUGGCUGUAUUGGUUAUAAAAUACAUGAAAAUAAAAAUGAAUGACAAUUCGCCUUACGUUAAACCACCACCAGGGUCCAACUAUUUCGGUAACGUAAUAAAGCGAACACUGACUAACCAGCCAGAUUUGAUACACGAAGAGUUUCAAACUGUGCGACAGACACACAGACCGAACGCGAGACAUGAGCAUUUGUACGAAGUGCCACAGUUAGCUAAUAGUUACAUUGCACCCAUUGAUCACGAGGUAAGCACAGGUCGGAACCAAGUGGAAAAGUACGCUUGCAAGGAUAAUGUGGAGUCGGAAAUAUCUGACUCCAGCUGCUUUUUGAGCUCGGGCUCGUCGUACGGUAAUGAAAGUGUAGAAAUGUCGCCAUCUUUAAAAAACAACGCGUCAGUAAAUUCGAAAUUUCAUCAAUAUUUGGAGACGACUGUUUCAAAAAUAGUGACUGGCGAUGGUGAUUGGUUGAACUUGAACAAAUGUGGCGUUAGUUUGUUCGUGCCUGAUGGGGUGGUUGAAAAGGAGGAGCUGUUCUCUAUUGAAGUUACUGACGAAGAUUGGAAUAGACCUUUGUUACAAGAAGGUGAAACUCAGCUCAGUCCUGUUAUUAGAUGCGGCCCAAAAAAUUUCCACUUCAGCAAAGGAGUUGUUCUUACCUUCCCCCAUUGUGCAGCUUUGAAAAACUCUAGCUGGAUACUAUCAAUUCUUCAGAAACCAGAAGAAGUCAAUUCUAGGGAAUGGAGAAAAGUUCUGACUUUAGGUCAAGAAACGCCAGGGACUCCAAUAUUCGCUCAAAUUGAUCCAGCCAAAGCAUAUUUAGUUUGUGAAUUCUUGAGUGACUUUGUUCUAGUAGGAAGAAGUUUCAACGGCUUGGACGCUAAAUUAUUGAAAAUUGCUAUUUUCGUUAUAAAAACUGGCGACGAUAGUUUCAAUUUAAAUGUACGCGUUUUUAACGAUACCCCGUUUGCUUUUUACGAGUGUUUUGAGAACGAGCGACGUUCCGGAGGCUUUUUGCUUUGUGAGCCAAAGACGCUGUACUUUCAAGAAAAUUGCUCGGAUUUAUGUUUUAAUGUUAGGGAUGUUGGAACCGGCUGGAAGAUUCAGCCGGAAGCGAAGUACCAGGAACUUUCGUAUUUACAUGUCUGGAAUAUGAGCGUCAGGUCUUUGUACUGCGUAUUUGCUUUGACACAAAUCGACGCGAUUAAUUGCUUGGAACUCAACGUUACUGUGUAUCAGAAACAAAAGCAAUCGAACUCCGUCAAUUUCAAUUUGAAAACGAACGAUUUUAAUUCGAAUCUCAGUUGUAAUAAGCGUUUUAGUUACUCAGGCGUGGAGAUGGGUUAUAGCGUUAAUAUCCUCGAAAAUCCUUUCAAUUAUUCGUCGUUAUCCAAAAAGGAGGGUAGGUAUAAUUAUACGCAGCGGAAUGGGAUUCAAAGAAAUAAUUACUCUUUGGACAAUAAUCAUUAUAGGAUUAAUGUAUUGACGAAAUCAGAUAGAGUUAUUCUUUGUAAAUUAUUGGAUAGUCAGUCAUCUAAAGGCAACGAUUGGAGGUUGCUGGCGGAAAAGUUGAAACUGUCGUCGUAUUACUAUUAUUUUUCUAACACUUGUUCGCCGACGGAGAAUAUAUUGAAUUUAUGGAUUUGUAGGAACAAUGACGCCAAUAUGCUAGUAAAUUUAUCGAGGAUAUUUAGAGAAAUGUCCCGUGUGGAUUGUGCGACUGUGGUCGAAAGACGCUGCUUUCUGAAUUAGACUGAUAGACAUAGUUCCAAUAAUUUGGAUGGUGAAGUUAUAACAAAUGGAUUAUUUGAACUACAAUAAGGUUUUCGUUAUGCACCAUUCACUUCUGUAAUACGUUUUAUACUUUCGUAACAAUUUACUUUAUUAUGGAGACCCAUAUUGCAUACCUAGUUUAAGUUAGUUAGUUUACGAGUGCCACUUUUAUUCUAGUCUUUUCACGCCAUAGAUUAUAUAAUAGCAAAUAUUUUUCAUUUUUACUACAUUUCAAUUUUGUUGUGUAAUAUUUUUAAAUGCGUCGCCACUUUGAUGUUAUCCUACCAAUCUACCAACACUGGGAAUUAUUAUUUUUAAGUGGUUUAUUACUCCUAGUUUCAGUACAAACCUAACCUAUAUAGUAAGAUCUCAUAGCGUGUUAACAGCGUGUUGUGUGUUAGCACUUUCACGCUACUUAAGUGCUUGCAUCUAGUAGGCUCACACAAUAGCACGCAGGAUCACGUGUUUCAAGCCUGCUAAGGCUGCGUUUAAGGUUAGGAGAAGCGGAUUAAAUAGAGAACAUUGUAUGAUCGGGUUAAAACUAUGUGCAAUUUUAUUGUCUUGUGUAAUGGUGUAUUAAUUUCCACUAAAUUGUUCAUACUACAAACUCUUUUUUUAUAGAUAUAGACAGCUAAUUAUUAUCCCUAUUAUUCAGAACAAAUUAAUAUUGUCGGUUCCAAAUACAGAGGUUACAUUCAUUUAUUGUUUAAAAGACAUUUAGGAAAAAAAUACUACCAGGACGAAACAUUCUUUUUUGAUGUGAAUUCCAUUAAACGAACAAGAAACUCGAUAGUCUUGGAUUAAAUACAAAAACAAUUCAUAAGCCAGAUCAAAUAAUGCACAAUCAAAUUGUAUAAACCAAAAUCAAAUGAUAUAAUGCUAAGCAUUCGCUCUAGGU